AUGGACGCCAACUGGGUAUCACUGAAGCUGAUUCUGGCAACAGCACUGUUCCUGUCCUCAAGUGCUUAUGCGCUGAAAGUUACCACACGUGAAGUCGAAGUAGGAAAAACUGCCAACGUGUCACUGGAAUGUAUAAGCAAAACCCCACCAUCUGUUUCUGAAAUCGUUACUAUGAGAAUACUGAAACUGGAUAAUGACAAGUGGGACAAGAUGGCAGAGGUUCGGCCAGGCGGCGCUGCAAAAGUCAAACAAAAAUCCAAAGAUGACAAAGUAUUCGCUGAGGGAACAAUCGGCUCUGUUUCUGACAGCUUUCUGAGGCUUACAUGGCCUGUGGAGACCUAUGACACAAUUGGCCGAUAUCGCUGUGACGUUGUUAGCAUUUCUUCCCAGAAGAACGUCGAGUGGCAGAAAAGUCUUCCAGUUUCUGUAACCCAUAAAACAGCCUCCAUUAAUCAAAUCGUAGGCGAAACAUUGGAGGGUGCCAUGGAGUUUUAUAAACAGGAAAAAGACACAGCGGAAAAAAUGACGGCCACAGAGGAGACUCAUGAAACCGGAUUCGAGAACAAGUUCAAUGGCCAGACUCAGCUCCUGAGCUACACAGAGGAGGAGAACAAGAAAGAAUGUCCCGACAAGUCACAUUCCGGGUCCUGGCAAAACGUGACGGCGUCCGUGAAGGCUCUUGGAGAGGGUUUUGAUAGCAAGUUGAAGAGCCUGAUACAGGUCUUAAACCGCAAACUUGAAGAGGAAAAGGAAGAGAAAAAAGCGAAAGCGACCUUAGAGGACGAGAAAAGAAAUCCUCCUCGACAGAAAGACCUAGCAACCACUGUGGAGGCUUUUGGGGCAAGUGUUGAUCGCCAGUUGACAGCUCUUCAGAGCCUAAUACAGCCCCAAACGUGCGUGGACGUCACGGGCCUGGGCCCUCGACCAGUGGUCCGUCUCACUAACGGUAUGUUGGUCGUUUGCGACACCGUCACGGACAACGGUGGCUGGAUUGUGAUACAGAGACGUGCUUCAGCGGACAUAGACUUUUUCCGUGGCUGGACAGACUAUAAACUCGGAUUCGGCGACCUCUCUGGCAACUUCUGGUUUGGGUUGGAGAAAAUCCACCAGCUUACACAUGAGGACAGAUACGAGCUGAGGUUUGAUUUGAUUUUCAAGGGAAAGCACUAUUACGCCAGAUACGACACAUUUUCCCUGUCUGGAGAAUCGGAUAACUACAGACUUCAGUUAUCUGGAUUUUCGGGUAACGCAACGAACCCCGAGCAUUUUAUACGGGACACCAUGUCUGAUAGCAAAGGCCAGCCGUUCUCCACCAGGGACCGGGACCACGACUCGUCAGCUCAAAGCUGUGCCAGGGGUGAACAUUCAGCGUGGUGGUACAACAAGUCAAAGCUGUGCCAGGGGUGA